AGUUGUUUCGUGGCACUUGAAAAGUCAAAAGCAAAAGAGCAUUUUUUCCUCCGAAAAAUUGAUAAACAGCGAACCAACACAUCUCCAAUUUGAAAAUUUAUUUUAUGUGUUGUUUUCAUUCCAUCUCAAAAUCAGCUCUUCGAUUGAUUGAAAAUCCAAAGAAAACAAAAAUAUCAAAUGCAAAAAAGGCAACGCUUUAUCUGUUUAUUUUGAUCAGAAUACCCAGACAAUUGACUCGUGAACAUAUAUAUAUUUGAACUUUUUUCUGAAACAUAAAUACCUACACGAGUAAAAUAUGAGUCUGCCGUGAAUGUGUGAUUUGUAGCCAAAUUGUAAACACCAAGUCGAUAGAUAAAAGAGUGGAAAGAAACAAAAACCAUACAUAAACUCUCUUUUUUCCUUCUAAAUGUGAAAUGAAAUGGGUGAAUAUGUUUUUGUGUGUGUAAUGAAGGGAGUAAAUAUAGAGUGAAUUAAGUGAUAAGAAAUCAUGAAAUAUUUCGCGAGCACUUUCGUAAGCAUAUCGUAAAUAAAAUAGACAAUUUCCUUAACAAAACUAACCGCAUCCGAAUCGAGUUGUUGGAAAACAAGAGCGAUUAAGUAGAAUAAUUCAAACGAAAGGGUCUCAUAUUUCUAUUUCUACGUGAUGUGAUUAGAAUUCAAGGAGGAAUCCAUAAUUUUUCUGUUCUCUUUCGAAUGUGCGUGUGUGACUGAACUGGCGACAAUUUAUGCAUUAAAUUAUAGUCGUCGAGCCUGUAUUUUGUUCCACCGAAAAAACGAAAAAGGGAUUCAUUGUGCUGGUUGGUAAAAGUGUACAACAGAGAGAGAGAGAGAGAGAGAGAGAGAGAGAGAAGAAAAAUAUGAUAUGACGUUAGAGUUUAUGCGUCAGUAUACCGAACAAUGAAGAAUAUGAGAAAGGUUUGAAUCACGUCAUCAACAUUUUUGCGUAUAAUUUUCUCUGUGCGGGGUGUGAACAUCUCGCCGUUGCCAUUAACUCCAAGUGACACAAUAAGCAAAAACCAUAAAUAACCGAAAGACAAUAGACGAAAAAUGAAAGACCACAUCUGUGAUUGUGAAAUGAAUAGAAAAGAAGUAAAUAAUAACAUUUAAUGAAAUCCUUAAACGCACGUGAACCAUAUGUACUGUUUCUUCGACUACUGAAGCUUUGAACUCGAAGUGCCAACGGCAAUAGCAAACAGAAACAAUAGCAUCACGAAUCAUUGCUAUUGUUUUGUGUCCGAAUAUCAAUUUUUUGUUGUUGUUGUUGUUGGUCGUGGAUUAUUCCUCCGAUUUAAACGGAUUAAAUACAAGGCUUAUGGCUUAUGGAUUAAUUGAAGCAAACCAGUGUAGACGCAUUUAAUGCAUAUUGAAGUGGUUGGUCCGGUAGAUACUAUUUAUAUACACCAAAGAACUUCGAUAUUAAGUCAAAAGUGUGCAAAGGAUUUAGUGGCUGACCCUUUUGUGCACACUAAUUUUAGCACAUUCAUCGGUUAUUUUUGGGGGCGAGUUUUUCGUGUCAUACGCUUCGAUGCUGUUACUAUACUGACGAUUCACUAUUUUUAGCGACAGAUAGCACCCAAUCCCUUUUGUAUUAACUCAUAAAAAAGGUUCACGCAAACACUUCUAUUCCGUCAAGAGAAAACUAGACCAGUUGUUAUGCCAAUACUCGCACCAAUUACUUCUUGAUAUCGUAUAUGAAGAAAACAGCUUCGCUGGUCGAAAAGGCAAUGCAAAUGUUCGUUGCAUUGUAGGCGUCAAACCAACCGCUGUAUACGUCAACAACUGAAGAUAAUGAAUGAAACAUCAGCAGCAUCAAAUGCAACAACAAUUUCAUAAAAUCUGCAUUACUCUCACCGCAAUCGCUUUUCAAAUCACGCCGCAAAAUUUAAUGUGCCCGUGAUUUGUGGGAAAACAAACUCCAACGACAUCACCUGGUUUGCAACAAUAAACGACAAGCCAUACACAAUCAGAACGCAUUUUCUGAUAAUGACAAAAGAUCAUGCGGCGUAUGUUCAUUAUUAGUUAACAAUCAAGUUGCCCGUAGAGAUAGCCGCACGUUUCGUUCGCUCCAUUUGAAUCAAGUGAGCUGCCGAAAGUGAAAUAGUGUGUCUGAGUAACGAUACGAUAUAAAUGCCACAGAAGUGAAGGCAUCAGGUUACCAAUGCGGUUGGAUUCCUCUGGCAAUUGAAAUGUUCAUCAAAAUACCGCAGGUCAAGUGAAAUCCAACACAAAACGUCAAUCGAAUCCACACUCGCACACUUACAGCGAUUAAAUACCGAAGCAUUUUGAAAAUUAAACAACAAUUGCUGAUUUCGGUGAGUGGGUGUCUUAAUUAGACAGUUCAUCAAAAUUCAUUCCGUGUACUCAGAACGAACAAUAAAGUUAAUUCAUAAACGUCAGUUGAGCUAAGCACAUCGGCGAGUCUACCGUCACAGAAAAUAUUUACCAAAUUGAACGUAUGAAAUUUCCUGUUAAACCUGUUCAAUUCCAUGAUAUUUCACCUGUCAAAAGUGACUUUUGUGAUUUUUCGAUAAAUCGUUGGGAAAACAACGUGGCUUGAAGUGGAGCUAGCGAAACUUUUGCAUAAUAUUGAUUUUUCCUGUGAUUCGUCGAGGGAAAAUAUGAAAUACUCUAUUAUACCGUACCCAAACCAUAGUCAUUCCAAAUCACAUGAUCUACUUUAUGUGUAUAUUGCGUCUGAAAUAAAUAACAAAUAGACACAAGUUUGCCGACAGAUAUAAGCGCUACCGGUUGACUGAACGCAGUUGCAAUAUUUUUAAUAGACAAUUCAAUCGAAAAUAAUAAAAAUACACAUUCAGCAACGGCAUCAUGUGUUUCCCAGCGAUAGUGUCGUCCGUUCUACUGCUGACGCUUUUUAUUGGCUUGGCGAACGCAAUACAACGUCCCCGCGAUGGAUACAACACAUUUACAGAUGGCAGCACAACACAGCCACCGUUUAAUUCGUUUUUAAACCCAAAAUGGAAUGAACCAUAUUUCGACAACAAUGUUCCAAACAAUGUGACCGCACUUGUGGGAAAAUCAGCGUAUUUGAGCUGCCGCGUUCGGAAUUUAGGCAAUAAAACCGUUUCGUGGAUCAGACACAGGGAUAUACACAUUUUAACCGUAGGAACGUACACCUAUACAACAGAUCAACGAUUCCAAACGGCAUACCAUCGCGAAAUCAACGAAUGGACCAUGCAAAUUAAAUGGGCGCAGAAACGCGACGCAGGGACGUACGAGUGUCAAAUUUCAACGAUUCCAAUCAAAAGCUUUUCGGUUCGGUUGAAUGUUGUCGAGCCCGCUGCAACAAUUUUGGGAGGACCCGACUUAUAUGUGGAUAAAGGAAGCACGAUAAACCUAACGUGUACGAUACGUUUUGGACCAGAACCACCCGGCUAUAUAUUCUGGUAUCACGAAAACAAGGAAAUCAACUAUGACGCACCACGAGGUCGCGUUGCCGUAAGAACGCAUUCCAAUGAAUGGACAACAUCAUAUUUGUUAAUCAAUGAUGCUGACAUCACCGACUCGGGCAUUUACGUGUGCGCUCCAACGAGUGGCGGUCGAACGAGUAUCAAAGUUCAUGUUUUCCUACACGGCGAGCGACCAGAAGCAAUGCAAACCGGCACAUCAACCUACAUUGCGAAUAAUAUAAUGCAAACGAUCAUGAUUAGCAUCAUCAUUAGCACAUACAAUAUAUUCCAAAACUUCUACUCGAGCAUACUAUUCUCGAAGCGAAUACCUGAUGAAAUCACAUGACAUACAAUGGCAAUUAUUCCGAAAAUUGUGGCACAAACGUCAUCUGUUCUCCGACUACGACAACCACAUGUGAUGCGUGUCCAACAACGGUGAUAGAAUCAAUUGUUGGAAUCUUUUAGUUCUUAAUUAAAAUUUCUCUUUUGGCUUUAGCUCGUUACAAUUCUAAUUUCAUUUCAAUUAAGUUUUCGAUUGCGAGUGAAAAAAGAAGAAGGAAAAAAACACAAGUUUGACGAGAUAGAAUGACCAGUUUUCGGUUAGGGAGAAAAACUACGAAUAAAAUGUCAAGAAUGGGAUCUUGUAAAUGGUCUCAAACACAGUUUUGAAUACAAAACAAAGCAGAAAAAAUCAUUGCGAGCGCGCACAACAGCGCACCACUUGUACAUAGCUAAUCAAAACUAUACAUGUUAAUAACAGAAAGUCUAGUCUAUUUGUAGCUAUAAUAAUAAUAAUAAUAAAAUCUAUGAUGUUCUACACUCAUAUGACGUGUUUAUCAAAUCAAAUCAAAUCAAAGUAUUACCAAGACAAAACAGUUUCCAAAAAUGUUAAUCAUAUUUAUAACAUUGAAUUGAAUGUUUCAAUUUAGUCAGCGUAUACACAAUAGAUGUAACAUACGAAAUUCCAUAAAGAAUCACAUUAAUAAACGUACGAUAAUAUUCAGACAGAAAAAAA